GCACAAUAGCAAGUACCGGUAAAUAUGCACACGCAGCACGUGAUGAGCUGAUCAGUUGAAAACAUGGCGGUCAUCGUGCCCAAAGCUUUGCAUGUUCUCUCCAUUAUAUCACUAAUUGGAGCGACCACUUGCUACAGAUUGGACGCCCGAAACUACAGAAAUUUAGGGGAAGAUCCCGACGUCAACAGGAAUGCGAGUGAAUUAAUCACCAGUAAAGGCUACCCCUGCAAAGAAUACACCGUCCAAACUGAAGAUGGUUUUAUCCUAGGUGUCCAACGCAUUCCGUACGGUCGCAACGAAUCCGAGUACACGCCACGACCCGUUGUAUUCUUGCAGCACGGCCUUCUAGCAUCUGCCACCAACUGGUUGACGAACCUCGCGAAUGAGAGCCUUGCGUACAUCCUUGCCGAUGCUGGUUUCGACGUGUGGCUCGGCAACGUUCGGGGGAAUGUCUAUUCGAUGAAAAGUGUCAAGUAUAAGCCGGAAGAUGUGGACUUCUGGAAAUGGAGUUGGGAUGAAAUGGCCAAGUACGAUCUUCCCGCCAUGAUAAAUCUUGCUUUGAAGGAAACAAAUCAACGAGAUCUCUUUUAUAUCGGCCACUCUCAAGGAACGACAAUCGCAUUUGCAGAGUUUUCCAGAAACAUUGAGCUUGCAUCCAAGGUAAAGAUGAUGUAUGCAUUAGCACCGGUAACGAGAGUGGGUAACAUGACAAGCCCUCUUCGCUACCUUACGUACUUCCUCCCUGAAAUUAAGUUCCUCUUUGAAAUCUUAGGGGAGGGGGAGUUUAUGCCGAGCAACGAGUUUGUGAAGUGGUUGGCAAAAGACAUGUGUACUGUAGAUAAGACACUGUGUUCAAACGUUCUCUUCGUCAUUUGCGGUUUUGACCAAAAGAAUCUUAACAUGACUCGUCUCCCUGUAUAUGUUACCCAUGAUCCUGCUGGAACAUCUGUCAUGGACGUUGUUCACUAUGCUCAGAUGGUUGAGUCGGGCACAUUCCAGAUGUACGACUACGGAGUGGCAGGAAACAUGGCAAGAUAUAACCAGAGCACCCCGCCCCUGUACAAUCCAGAAGGCAUGACCACUCCGGUGUCCAUCUUCUGGGGCGACAAGGACUACCUGGCCGAUCCCAAGGACGUCCAGUGGCUUAUACCGAAACUGACCAAAGUCAUUCAGGGGAACUACCAUUACGAGGACUACGAUCACCUCGACUUCAUCUGGGGCAUGGACGCACCGAGUCGAGUGUACGCCCCCAUCGUCCAAGACCUGAAGAAAAGAUCCGGUAGGACGUUAUAGCAGUCGGGUGUAGUAUAGAGAAGAUGUAUUUUUACUUGGAUUGGCUGGGGGGUGUUUCACAAAGAUCUAAGUAUGACUUAAGUCGCACUUAAAUACCGACGCGUACAUGAUAUGCAGCGCGCGAUCUUAUUGAUAGAUACGCAUUAGUGCGCGUACUCAUGACACGAUCUGACCAAUGCGGUCAAGCCUUUCGUACCGUACACAACACGGUAUUUAAGUGCAACUCUAAGUCAUACUUAAUCUUUGUGAAACACCCCCCAGGUAUGAGUGCUGAAUGCUGUGAGAGUUGUGAUUUUUAUGUGAUGUAGGUAACUCUCAAAGACAUCUGGAAACCUUACAACUGGUCCUCGAUCUGAUACUUCAGAUUCCUUCACAUGUAUGGAGGUGCGAUAGCUCAGUCGGUAGAGCGGGGGACUCGUAUUCCGGUGACCCGGGUUCAAUUCCCACUUGGUGCGCUAGUGCCCUUUGGUAAGGCAUUAAUCCUCAGUACCAGGUCCUUCGGAGAGGACCUUAAGCCGUCGGUCCUCUGUUUGCUUGCUUACAAGCAUUCAUGCUUUCUUAGCAAUCAGGUAAAAAAUCACCACCAAUACCAAUUUAUCUAUGCCUCUCUGAUUACGAUGCUGUUAUGUAAAUGAAUUGUUAUAUCUGUUAUGUUAUGCUAUGUACACUGUCACAGGGCCCCAUGGAAGACCAACACAUUGUUGAAUGGGCUUCCCUGUUUUUUUAAAACAAAUAAAUAAAUCCCUCAGAUAGGACUCAAAACUGUAGCUUUUCUGUUUUCACUUGAAAGCGAAAAACUCUGAGCAAUUUUUUCGUAAAAAAUCAUAAAAAAUAUCUUAUUUUUUAUGUUUAAGUUGAUAUAAUUCCCCUUUAAUGCUCAAAGAGUAUUCCGAUGGGUACUCCAUAUGUAUGCUAAUCAUUGUAGGUUGGUUUUAUCUAUUAAUUUCCCCAUUUUAGAAACUGCAUAACAAAAUAUGCAGACAUUUUCCUUCAUAUUUUAUAUUUCCCAGUGCACAAAUUUGUUUGGGUAUUUAUUUAAUAUAUAAAAUUUGAUUUUUUAAAGCAUUUCAAAUGCAUUUCUAUUUCCUAACAUAAUGGUACUUUAUAUUUACUUUGUUAUUCAUUCAGAUUAAAAAUUGAUAUUUUAUAAUUAUAUUUGUCAGUUUUAGUAUCUUGAAAUUCUGCUCUUGGAGCAAAAUUCAUAGUUUCACUUUUAAUGCUAACUCAUUUAUUCUCUUAUUUCAAUUCAUUUUAUGUUCAAUUUUUAAUUUAUUUAUCCUUUCAUUGUAUAGUCAUUAUUAUUGUUAUUAUUGUUUUUUUUUUUUGGGGGGGGGAGGGAAUGAGUUACACUUAGAUAGUUAUAAGAGUAAUGUGAAUGUUAUGUGUUAUAUGUGAUAUGAAUGUUUUUAUUCCGAGUGGCUUUGAUAUUCUCGCCCCCUUCUGUGGGCGAUGAAUACCUAAAGUCACUACAACGCGAUGCCAAGCAAUGCAACUUACUUAUGUUAGAUUUAGAAUGUUUCAUCCAUGGAAUGUGUACAUAUUUGUAAAUAAUGCUUUGACUUUUGUUUUUAGGUUUUUCAAUACUUUUUAAUUGUCGGACAUGAGCUGUUUUUAAAUGAUGAAUUGUGCAAUAGCCUAAUGCUAACAGAAUAUAGAUUAUUAUCACCCGUAUCAGACAUCUGAGCUGGUCAUUUACAAAACCGUAUUUCCCUGUAUUUUAUUAUUAUCAGGAAGGGAUAGGUAUAUUGUUUGUAUUUUCCUCGGUCUCAAUGCGCGCAUUGACUUUGCAUGCAGAGACGACGCAAAAUAUACCUUUGUAUUUUCCCUGGUCUCACAUCCGGGCCUUUGAGGAUGCGAAUGAAGUGAUACGCUUCAUAAUGUUCCGCGCACCAACAAUCUACGUCAUAAUAAAGACAACGCUGGAUCUGGGCGCUUGCAAGUACGUCAUAAUGGUAAAGUGCAGAGCCUAGAAACUGAUAUCAUCAUGACACAACAGAACUCUAUUCUUUAAAGAUAUCACUGUUAUCAUGAUUUUUGCUCGAGAUAUCUGAUUUGGAUGAUAAUAAAAAUAUUGACUGCCCUUCUUUCGGGGAACAUCAAAUAUAUUGCCCUUAAAAGACCCAUAUUGCCCUCGUCUAAAGACUCGGGCCAAUAUGAUUCUUUUGCUGGCAAUAUAUUUGAUGUUCCCCUCAAGACCAGUCAAUAUUAUAUAAAUAGUUCGCCUCAGACUAGAUUUUAUUUAAAACAAUGGCCCCGUGUAAUGCCCAUUGUUAUUAGAUAAUUGCUUUGUCUAGUAAUGUAAUCAUGACUGUAUAAUUGAUAUUUCAUUUGUUGUCAUAAAAACAGUUAUUAUCAUACAAGGCAUUUUAGCAGAUAAAUGAAUAUCAUAUUUUGCUCGCUACUUUCAAUCCAAGACCAACGAGGUAAACAUUUGCCAUGUUGCCCUCCCUGGGCUUUGUCCAUAGGAAUCAUGUACAAAAACAGAGGGCAAUAUUGGCCAUAUUUCUGCUAAUGCGCAAAACUUUAGCAAGGGUUACUUCGAUAAAUUUGUGAAUAACCUAAAAUCAGAAGGAGUGAUAAGCAAUCAGGCAUAUAAAUUGUUCAAAAUAUUAGCUUGAAUUCCAUAUUAUACAACCUUAGGUAAUAAUAAUAUUGACUCAUUUGACUGGCUCUUCUUUCGGGAAACAUCAAAUAUGUUGCCCUUAAAAGAACCAUAUUACCCUCGUCUAAAGACCCAGGCCAAUAUGAUUCUGUUGCGGGCAACAUAUUUGAUGUUCCCCUCAAGGCCAGUCAAUAUUAUAUAAAUAUUCUGACUUUUUAACGUUUAAAGUUUAUCUAUUGCAGAGUACUUAAUAGAUAUUGAAGAUUAGCAAAUCCUAUUUAAUUCAUUCAGAUUGGUUGAAAAUCAACUUGUAUUUGAUUUAUUAGGUGUGUUUGAUUACCUCUCUUUCCUUGUUUAUAAAAAAAUUAAAAUUAUCUGAUAUCAUUUGCAUUUAUUAAUUUGAAUGUAAGUGAAUUUAAAUUUUUAUGGAAAUAAUGAUAUCAUAUACGUGUACCUAAUAUAUAUUAUGAAUACAAAGUAUGAUGUAACAAAAAUACAUCUAUAUUGUGAGAAUACAGAGCAUAUUAACAACAACCAAAAUAUCAAUGAAGCGAAAAAGAAAAGCAUGAAUGUAUGUAAAUAGGAAAGAAGUUGAGAUUGAUCUAUAUAAACACAGUUAAAAAGGAACCAUAGGUAAUCUUGACGGUUUGGAGUGAUUCUCUUAUUCUAUUGUGAUCUGAUCAUGAUAUUACGAUUAAAGGCCACCGCACACUUUGACGACCCGACUGGUCUACAACUGGUCUGCGACUGAGUGAGUGGAGAUGAAAGAUGAAUCGCAAGGUAGUCAUAAGCCUCGUCACCGCACACCUUGCGAUCCGACUUCCCUUCUGUCUGCGACUCACGCAUGCACUUUUUGCUUUUUGCCAUAUCAACUGAGAAAAUGACGCUUACUACUGCUUAUGCGCAUUGCAUAUCAUGUGCGCGCAGUGGCGUACCUAGGAUUUUUCACAGGGGGGCAAAUUCGUCCGCCAAAAAAUUUGACAAGCAAAAGAAAAAAAAAAAAGGUCUUCAAGACUCGUCAGGGGGGGGGGAGUCUGCCCCCCCCCCCGUAGGUACGCUAAUGUGUACGCGUUGUGCAACUCUGUCUGAUUGGCUGGAAGUUGGAUUGAGCUUGCGAUCCAGUCAUAAGGAUUCAACAUGUAAAAUCCUUCCAAUUUUCCUUGCGAUUUGUCUCUGACCGGUCUGCGACUCUCAAGCUGACAAGAGCUGUGACGUCACAUCUCCCCUCACUCAGUCGCAAGCCAGUCGUGGCCUUAACAUACUUGAUGUUUUGCAUUAAUCAUUUUAAGAACUAGAAAUUUUCACUGUGGUGGUGGAAAUGCACUGCUUUUUCAGUACUUGCUCAAAAAAAAUCAUUGAUAUACAGAAUAUGUUGGUGCUUCCGGUGAACAAUGUCAUGUUUGCAUAGUGUGCUAUGUCAUCAUGUUUGAAUGUAGAAAAACAGAUAUUCCUAAUCCUAAAAUUGUCUGUUUCUUGUGAAUUAUUUGUUCUCAACCAGACAUACUAAGUAUACAGUUGUACUCAAAAGUUAGUGAACCCCACCACAAAAUGCACUCCUUCAUGCUGAGUGUUGAAUGUAGACAACAACACUACAAUGUACAAUGUUUUGCGAGCCCAGAAAAAACAAACUUUAUAGAAUGUAAUAUUUAUCAUCUGACUUCACAGUUAAAUAUCUAAAACAAGGCAGAACUUGAACACUUUAAUAUGUUCAUUUUCUGGUGGGUUCACUAUUUUUCAGGGUUCCCAGCCCAUCAGGGAAAAUUAUUUACUUUUUUCCAGUCAGGGAAAAAUCAGGGAAUUCGGAAAAUAAAUACUUCAAAUCAGAGAAAAAUGCCUCACAUGAGGGAAAAAUCAGGGAAUUUUGAUCGGCCCAAAGGUCGAAACACGUUAGUCAGUGAGACUCUGUUAAAUUUUAUUGCAUAUCAAAACAACAUCCAUUGAAUGACUGGUUAUGGUGGUACUUAUUAGUUUUACAUUAUUGUUUUUAUACUGAAAAUACAUGUAAUUCACUGCAACAACUUAGAAAACCUGCGAAACUGGGAAUGGGAUUAAAUAAUUAUCGGGAAUGUUUAAACUUCAUCAUGGAAAAAUCAGGGAAUUUAGUUUUCUUGAAAAGCUGUGAACCCUCACUUUUGAGCACCACUGUAUAUGAUGAAUGAUGUGUUCAAUUUUUAUUUCAACUAUCACAGUGUUAAGUUACUAUAUCUGACUCCCCUAGUCAUAUUUUUUAUUACAUUUAAAUUCAAUAUUCUAAUUCCAUUCUUAGGUUAUAUUGUAAAUGUACAUUGAAUUCAUUUCCAAUGGUUUUAUUUUGUUUUUAUUGUGUAACAUGACAGAUAAUUAAUUUAAUUAUAAAUAUGUAUAUAAUAUUACACCUUUGCCUUGAUGGUUGAUGUCUUCUAAGAAUCGAUGAAAUUGAUUGAUAUUAAAAGUACCAAUAAAUCAAGAAAUAAUGUUA